AUGUAUCCGUUUCAACGGCCAAUUUACAAGAGGAACUUGAAAAUGUUCAAUCAAGACAAGUUCCAAUACCCGGAGAAUCCUCGCAGCCUGUCUUGUCUCCAGAAGAGGAUACAGGAGCAGUCUCGGGAAGAAGAAGAAAGGCCGUUGAGACAGUACUACUUGCAGCAAGGGACUACAUCAUGGACGAAGGCCAUCUGUCCCGCCAGGAGACAGGAGAUAACUGGUUUCCUGAUGACUUCGCGGCCCUGGUGGCGACGAGUUUGGGUCAUUCAGGAAGCCACACUUCCAAAACAAGAUCCAGUCAUGCAAUGCGGCCGAAUUGAAAUCAAAUAUCGCAGGUUUCUCGAGUCGGCUAAACAUUGCAUGUUUCAAAAUGCGCCGUCAGAGCUUUCCAGAACCCAAAUAUCCCUCACUGUCCACGGGAUGUUUGAUGAUGGACACAACCCGCUCGAGGUGUCGCUUGCGAAUCGUCUGCUUGCAUACCUGAGCUGCAUGAGUGGAAAUUUCGAAGUGACUGACCCUAAGGAUAGGAUAAAUGGAGUGCAUGGUUUCCUCCAAAGUGGGCCCAGCAAUGUUGAGGGACUACCAUCGUGGGUUCCAAUGUGGGAAUCGAAAAAAUGGAUUGGAAGGGAUAAAAACCACGGAGCACCAGAAAAUAUAUCGCCGAUCGACAAUUAG